AACGGGGUCUCGUACAUGUAUGCAAGCGAAGAAAGAAGAAAUUGUAUAUAUGUAGAGUGUUCACGGCCGUAGAGGAAGCGGAUAGCAAAACUACCGACCCACAGUUCCAGAGUUCCAGUGUUCCACGAUGAAGGCCUCGGAGUUGGUGACCGUGACGGCAUUCAUGAGCGGCUUGGCGGCAGCGCUUCCAUCAUCUCCAUCUUCACCAUCCUCAUACAACAACCUGAACUACUAUUUCCCUCGGCAGACGGCGCCUCAAUAUCCAUCAUCAUUUGAUCCUCUGAGCAACAAUGUGCUCGCCGUCUACUAUGGCAAGGCACAGUACAACUCGAAUCCGUCCUUGAUGGACCUUUGCAAUGACAGCGACAUUGACAUGAUCGUCAUGGGCUUCAUCCGACAAUUCAAUGGGCCCAAUGUUCAGCCCACAUUUGACAUUGCCAACUGCAGAACACCGUCCAAUCCUGCGGCCAACUUUACAGGCAUCAGCUGCCCUGCUCUGGCAGCCAGCAUCACGCAAUGCCAGAGCGUAGGCAAGAAGGUCAUGAUCAGUCUGGGCGGCUCCAAUGCCAACCUGGUCCUGAGCAGCGAUGCCGAAGCGCAGCAGGCCGCCAACAUCCUCUGGAAUGUCUUUGGUGCCGGCACUGCCACACCUAACCUCCGACCCUUUGGCAAUGUCACUCUGGACGGCUUCGACUUUGACUUCGAAGGUGGUUCUGAUACAUCUUACGUUGACGUGCUGUCGGCCAACCUGCAGUCACUCUACUCCACUGCCAGUCCCGCCCGCUUCAUCAGCGCCUCUCCUCUAUGCGCCAAUAAUACCAUCAUGCCCUACGACUUCUACAAGUACGCCAACUUCAUCUGGCCGCGCUUCUACAAUGCAAACGCCUGCAAGGCUGGCGGCAAGGGCUUCAACAAUUCCGUCACCACAUGGUCCAACUUCCUCAUCGACGUCGACUCCGCCAUUGGUACGAGCUAUCCUCGCUUCUACAUUGGCGCUCUCGGCUUUGAAAACUACAACAAUGGCGGCGGCUUCGUUACACCCGAUGUCUUUGGCGAUCUCGUCGAGUACACCAAGAACCGCGUCGGCAAAGCAACCUUCGGAGGCGUCAGCAUCUGGGAAGGCACCGAUGCCCUGCAAUCAAAGACCGCCGACGGCAGCCAGGAUAUCCUCAAUGUCGCCAAAGAGGCACUGUUGGAACCAUUCACCAGCGAUGCCUGUGAGAUUGCCAGACACUUGUCGGACGAAUACGAUGAGAGAUCAUCGCGUGAUGCAGACGACGUGAAGGAGAUAAAACACACUCUCAUUGACCUGUGCAUGACCUCCAUGCUUUUCCGCACCGUUGCUCAAGCAGCCUUGCACUACUACUUUGAGAGGACAUCCGACGACUUGAAUUCAUACGAUGGAAGCGACUUGCUGCCAGCCACCAACGACCGCGAGUUUAGGCGAUGCACCCGCACGGAAAGCUUCAUCAAAACACUCAUUCACAGGCCGGACCUUGCAGCUAGUGUCAAGUUCAUGAAACUCGACGCCUUCCAGGACAACGACCAGACGUAUAGUCUCAAUACCACGCAUCUUCCUCUCGACCCUAUGACAACAGAUCUGUUUGUAGAAUCCACUCACCGUAUACCACCUCCGCCACCAGAGUUAGUCAGACAAUGGGCUAGCAGAGACGAUGAUCUCGACCGCAUAGAAGUAUGGCAAGAUGACUGGCGCGAGGGUCUCCGACUCGGCUUCGCUAACGCAGAGAUUGCUCUGCUCUUCACGCUUGUCCCUAAUCUCCUGCGGCUGGAGUUGAGUUCUUCAGACGAUGAUUUCGGUAUCUUCGUACACGACCUGUGCGAGCAGAUGCUUGGACCUCGAUCGUCGAAAACAAUAGUGUAUCGUUAUUUAGGUCUUGAGGUUGACACAGACUUCCGCUCCCAAUCCCCUACUACGCCACUAGGCAUCUUCCCAAAUCUCCGGGAUCUUGUCGUCAGGACCAAUCCUAGCAAGGAUCUUGGGUUCGAAGGGAUCGGGCGACUCUUAUCUAUUCCAACAAUGCGGUCACUGCAGUGCGAACACGUCAAUGGACAGGACACAGUGGUCGGAUGGGUCGAACUUCCAUUGAGUCAUCUGGAGCGACUCGAACUGCAAGAGUGUCCGUUCGAUAUGUUAAGCUUGGGUGCAUUGAUCUCUAGCUCCAAAGGCUUGAAACAUCUACAAAUCACCUUGACCAAUACAUACCCUGAUGAAGACUUCUGGGCCGCCUUGAAAGAGCGAGCCACAACCCUCGAGACACUGCAACUACACAUGGAUUUUGGAGAAACCGUGUGGGAUGAAAACCAAAUCUGCGAUCUAUCCUCAUUCGAAAAACUCAGAUCCAUGGAGAUCUUUCAGGUCAUGUUGAGUCCUGCGUUCGAGGAUAGCCUGCCUACCUCGCUUGAGGUCCUCACCAUCAGUAGGUGUGAUGAGUCUUUUCCGGUACGGAUUGAGCAGUUAUUGCACACUGUCAAGGCUGGACGACUGCCUGAGCUCAAAGAACUGAACAUCGCGAUGGAUCACAGGAAUGUCGAAUUUAGCGCUCAUCUGAAUGAGAGACUUCUCGGACUCCAGUCUUGCUUCUCAGAGGCAGGUGUUAGGUUUCAAUAUGGGGCCUGUGUCGAUUAUGCCUGUGCAACAUCGGACUGAUCUUACGGAUCCUGCUCUUCGAAACCGCCGAGCACGACCAUCAUGACCAGCGUUCCAUAUGCGCAAAGAUGUUUUCGGCCCUGAGCUUGUCCAGAAAAACGUCCACAGAGCUACACUCUCGGUGUAAACUCUCCGAGCCUCCCAAAGAGCUUCGCGCUCUUCCAUGACUAGACUCAAUCCCAACUUCGGAAACGGCAUUGCUGCUCAAAGCUACUAAGCACGACUGGAAAAACAUCAUCAUCAUAACAUAAAUACGUAAAACCUAGCAAUGACUCAUGAUCAUAACACC